UACUACUACUCCCUAUAUCAUGGAUAGACAUUACAAGUAUUUUGCACUUGAACUUGUUUUUACAGCUUGCUUUUGCCUUGUGUAGGAGGGUUGAAAUGUGACAGCUGACAGCACUGACUCAGAGAGCAGCAGCAAGAACAACAUGAACAAGGACUCAUCAGAUCACCACCACCAUCAGCAAGGGCUGGUUGGAGUGGUAACCGUGACAAGCCUGUUUCACCAGAUUCCAGAGCAGUACCAGCCCCAGCACCACCAGCAGGUAUAUGGACAUCGCCUUCUUCGGGUGGAGUGAAAUUCAAGUCUGGGAGCACCAUAUUGAUCUGAUUGCUGCUGGUUCUCUUUGUUCAGGCGCCAGUCGUCGACAGCCUGGGCGAGGAGUUGCUUGGGCCGGGCAAAUAAUCCUCCAGGAGAACUUGGGAGAGGAAAUGCCUGGGCCGGAGGAGAUUGUUCUCCAAGAGCACCUGGAUGAGGAGAUCGUCCUGGCUGGAGCACCUGGACGAGGAGAUCGUCCUGGGUCGGAGCACCUGGGGGAGGAGAUCGGCCUCCACGAGCUCCUGGCCGAGGAGCUGCUGCGGCCGGAGGAGCUGCCGGGGCCGGAGCUAGAGCGCCUGGACGAGGAGAUCGUUCUCCAGGAACACCUGAGGGAGGAGAUCGGUGUCCACGAACAUCUGGGCGAGGAGUUUCCUGGGCCGAAGGUGGAGCUGCUGGUGCCGGAGCCCGGAGGUGCGGAUGGCGGAGGGCGGAUGCGGAUGACGGAGGGCGAUCGAGGAGGGAGAUGGCGGAGGGCGAUCGAGGAGGGAGAUGGCGGAGGGCGAUCGAGGAGGGAGAUGAGAUCUGGGAAGGGUACCGAUUCAAAAUGUGGAGGGGUAGCGUUGUCUUUUUUACGUUUUUCACCUGGUCGGAACCAAUCGGUAAACGUCUUACAUUUCCGCACGGAGGGAGUAGUAGUAGCGUUGUCGUGUGUAUCAUAA